UCAAAUUUUUUUAGACAUUGCCACGAUUUUGCACCUGAACUCAUACCUCCACUUACACCCAAGAUACCGUGCAUAGGCCAGAGAAGGUCAGAAUUGAACGAUGGAAGACCUCGAGCAGCAACGGCAUGCAGCCAACAACGAACUCCCAUCAGAGCGAAAAGAAAAACUACCACGUGCAGACUUCGACCCGGACAAUUCCUCUACCACGGACGUCGGUGACGCCCCAGCGAAGGCGCUUUACCCAGAACAAGACCUUUCAUGCGGAAUAAUAGGAUGGGAUGGGCAGAAUGACCCUGCCAACCCUCAGAACUUUGCUAAGACCCGAAAGUAUGGCUUGCUGGGCCUCGUCAGUGCUAUGACCUUGGUCUCUCCUUUGGCAUCCAGCAUGUUUGCCCCGGCAGUGAGCUACAUGGCAGAGGAUUUCCACGUCACAAACGAGACAUUGCUUUCCUUUAGUGUUAGCAUUUACCUCUUGGGAUAUGCGCUCGGUCCCCUACUCUUAGCUCCCCUAAGUGAGAUCUACGGGCGUCGGGUUGUUCUCAGCGCUGCCAACUGGUUUUUCGUUGUCUGGCAGAUCGGAUGUGCUCUUGCCCCAAACAUUGCGUCCCUAGUCGUGUUCCGCUUCUUUGCGGGAAUCGGUGGCGCCGGGUGCAUCACGCUCGGAGCUGGUGUCAUUGCGGACCUUUUUCCUGUCGAACAACGUGGAAUGGCCACAUCGAUCUGGGGAGUCGGUCCCUUGAUUGGACCUGUAGUCGGGCCGAUUUGCGGCGGCUUUGUUGGAGAGGAUCUCAGCUGGCGCUGGGUGUUCUGGAUCCUACUGAUUAUCAGUGGUGCCUUUGCGUUUGGAAUCGAAUGUCUCAACCGGGAGACCUAUGCUCCCGUCCUUAUGCGUUGGAAGACGGCAAAAAUGGCAAAGCAAUUGAACAGAACCGAUCUCCGCAGUGCAUAUGAUCUCGAUAAAGAUGAUGGAGUAUCCGCUCUUCAAACCUUGGAGCUGGGACUUAAGCGUCCGAUGCUACUGCUCUGCAAGUCGCCCAUAGUGUUGCUUCUCUCCAUAUACAUGUCCCUCGUCUAUGGUCUCUUGUACCUGUUCUUCACAACCAUCACAUCUGUCUUCGAAGAACAAUACGGCUUCUCAACUGGCCUUUCUGGUCUCGCGUACCUGGGUAUUGGAGUCGGAUUCUUUAUUGGACUCGCAGCCGUUGCCAUGACUAACGACAAGGCUGUGGUGAAGUUGACUGCCCGAAACAAAGGUAUAUUCGAGCCGGAGAUGCGUCUUCCCACUAUGAUUUUCUUUUCGUGCAUCCUCCCAAUCAGCUUCUUCUGGUACGGCUGGACAGCCGCGAAGCAUGUACAAUGGAUCGCGCCGAUCAUCGGAAUGGCCCCUUUCGGUAUUGGCAUGAUGGGUAUCUAUCUGCCCAUUCAGACAUAUGUCAUUGAUUGUUACCCUGCAUAUGCGGCAUCUGCAAAUGCCACAUUGACCGCUACACGUUCGUUGGUGGGUGCUCUGCUGCCACUUGCUGGCCCCAAAUUGUUCGAGUCCUUAGGUCUUGGAUGGGGAAACUCGCUGCUGGGCUUCAUAGCAUUGGCUUUCGUUCCCACACCCAUAAUUUUCAAUCUUUACGGCAAGGCGAUUCGAGAGAAGUUCCCAGUCAAGCUGGAUGGGAAAAAAGCAUGAGUUAGUGGGCUUCACGUAGUUAAGCCAUUGGUGGCUGAGUCGCUCACCGGGUCAUGACUGAGAGCAUGUCUCCACCUGUUAGAAGUCGUAUGUAUAGCAAAUCUCAUA